AUGAAUAUUGUUGCUAAUGCUUUGAGUAGAAAGUUGAUGACGGAGCUGAGAGUUAUAUCUGCACGCUUGAGUUUAGUUAGUGAUGGUGGUUUUUUAGCUGAACUUCAAGUUGUGCAAGGUCUUAAGGGAGAUUUUAAUGUUGAUAGUGAUGGUAUCUUGAAUUUUCAAGAUAGGUUGUUUGUGACGCAUGAUGUGGAUUUGAGGCAAGCGAUUCUUACUGAGGCGUAUAGUAGCCCUUACAUUAUGUAUCCUGAUAGUGGCAAGAUGUAUCAUAAUCUUGAAGAGAUUUAUUGGUGGCCUGGGUUGAAGCGUGAUGCUACAGAUUUUGUGACUCGAUGUUUGGUUUGUCAAAAGGUUAAGACAGAGAAUCAAUUUCCUUCAAGAUUGUUGCAACAAAUUACGAUUCCUGAAUGA